GGAGUAGCGGCGCACUGGCAUAAAUAACAAUGCCGGCUUUGAUUGUUAGACCCGAGAAGUGGCGUGUUUCCAAAUCACCUGCGGGCCGCACAGAAGUAUCUAGCGGGCCGUAUGUUGUGCAGGCCUGGAAUAGAGGAAUAACAUCCAUUUUUGAAUACUCUUCACAUUAAUUUAUGUUGAAUAAUUGAAUGAGUUAUGUAGGUUUGGUCUCUGGAAUUGAUAUUUUGAUCAUGCAUAUUACCAUAAUACCCUUAUUCGUUUUAUUAUAAUAUUGCAAUUUGGACCAAAUGUCCAUCAAAUGCUUUGGUUUUUAGUCAGUAUGUAGUGAUUUUUUCAAUGUUUUGUAGGCCUAUACAUUCACAUUUUGCUUAAUUGAAUUAGUUUUUGUGUCGUUAAGGUUAUAUGUUUACUACAUGUUUUGUCAUUAUCUUUGCAUACUUUCAACAGCAUCAUAUAAAUAACUAUACUCUGUUCUCUAUGUGGAAAAAAACAUUCAAAGGUCUUUUGAUUUUUGAACUCGCUGGACUUGCAGGAGCUUAUGCUUUGUUUAAGAAGAUUGAUACUGAUAAGGAUGUUCGGUACUAUUUGAAUCAGAAGAAUUACGGGAGAAAAAUUCUUGCUGCAUACUAUUGGGCACAUGUACAAAGUGGUAACACCACCAUCAAAUCUGAUGAUCAAGUAUAUUUCACGUCCUUAGAUAAGAAAGUCUAAACAAAACAUGGCAGAGACCUUAGCGUCAACACAAGCUAAUUUGCGUCAAGCACCAGAACCGAUACCUACGCGAUUCAACUAUAUAUACAGCAGUGAUCUUAAUGUCAAUGUCUAUCUAAAAAUAUGUAGUCUGGAAGGAUCAAGACCAGUUAGAAAUUAUAAAGAAUUUUUGGAAGAUCCGAUGCUGGGGAUGGGUGGAUUAAAUCUCGGUGAGGAUGAAGAUGAUGGGAGUCAUAUGUAUGUUACGGUCCAGAUUUUCUCUGAAGAUAAACCAAUUUGUCUACCUGUCCAAACGAAAUACAAGUAUGUGAACAAUAAAGCUCGCCACACAUGGAAUGAAUGGUUGAAGUUGCCUCUCAGAUAUACUGAUCUACCGAGGAAUGCGAUGCUUGCUAUCACAGUAUUUGAUGUUCAUGGACCAAAUAAAGCAACUCCAGUAGGAGGGACAACUGUAAAUUUGUUUGGAAAGUACGGAACAUUAAGACAAGGAAUGACUGAUUUCUGUGUGUGGCCUGAUGUCGAAGCCAGCGGUAAAGAAGCAACAGAAACUCCACAUAAAGCUCCUGCACAAGAAGGGCAACAGAUGGCAAGACUUUCGAAGCUUGUUAAACAGCAUAGAGAAGGUCACAUGACCAAAGUUGAUUGGUUGGACAGGCUCGUAUUCAGGGAAAUUGAAGUCAUCAACAAAAAAGAAAAGAAAGAUGUCAAUUUCAUGUACUUGAAUGUGGAAUUUCCUAGAUUUGCUUAUAAUGAUAUUGACUAUUCCGUCACUUAUUUUGAGGACGAUGGAGACGAUGUAUUACAGGUUCGAACCAGUCCACAACUUGUUGUUGUCCCAGAUCACGAACUGACAGACACGAAUUUAGUUGAAGAAAAACAUCGGAAACUUGCUCGAAGUCUUCAUGCCAGUCAACAUGAUUUGAAACCGAAUGCAAGUACAAGAGAUCAACUCGCAGCUAUUGUGCAAUAUCCACCUUCGAAACAAUUGACAUCAGAAGAAGAAGAUUUAAUAUGGAAGUUCAGACAUUAUCUGACCAACCAAAAGAAGGCUUUGACAAAAUUUUUGAAAUGUGUAAAAUGGGAGAGGCCUGCUGAAAGUAACAUUGCUAUUCAAUUACUUGAACAAUGGCAACCUAUCGAUGUUAUUGAUGCUUUGGAACUGGUGUCACCCAAUUUUAAAAAUCCCACUGUUCGAAGUUAUGCUGUGAAAAGAUUGGCUGAAGCACAAGAUGAAGAUCUGUUAUUAUAUUUAUUACAACUUGUACAGGCAUUAAAAUAUGAAAAUUUUGAAAACAUAAAAGCAGGUCUUACUGCGAUGAAAAGGCAAGAACACCCUGUCCCUGCUGUUGCAUCCACACCACCUCUUGUCAGCAAAUCAGUUGGUUUGCAAACUAGUUCGAUGGAUGGAUCAACCUCUGAGCCUUCUAAUGACGUGAAGGUCCCAGAGAAAUUACAAGAAGAUAUUCCUGGAGAUGGUAGUAUGGCAUUACUCGCAUCACAAAGUCAACCAGAUCUUUUAAUGCAGUCAGGAAUUGCUAUGUCUACGCGAUCUCCCAAAACUAAUGAUGGGCAGCAGGCUGCUCCUAGCCUGGACCUUGCAACUUUUCUUAUUGAAAGGGCAUGUAAGAAUUCUACACUUGCUAACUAUUUUUACUGGUAUUUACUUGUUGAAUGUGAAGAACAAGAAAGCUCAGAUCAUGAAAAACGUCGAGAUGCUGACAUGUACAUUACUGUUAUGAAAAGAUUUAGUUAUGCUUUGUUGAAAGGCGAUCGACAAUGUAGAAUUAGAAGAUCUCAGUUGGCUGGACAGCAAAAAUUUGUAAACAAAAUCGUAUGGUUAAUGAAAACUCUACAGAAAGACAGCAGUAAUAGGAAAAGAAAGAUAGAGAAAUUACGGGCUAUGUUGGCAGAUCCAGAUUCCAGUUCUUAUAAUUUUUCCAAUUUUGAUCCAUUGCCUCUCCCACUUGAUCCUGAAGUUAAGGUCAAUGGCAUUCUAGCCGACAAAGCGAGCUUGUACAAGAGUGCAUUGAUGCCUGCUAAAUUAACUUUUCGUGUCGCUGAUGGAAAAAGCACUUAUACUACUUUAUUCAAGCAUGGAGAUGAUUUACGCCAGGAUCAACUCAUUCUUCAGAUAAUUACACUGAUGGACAGCUUACUCCAAAAAGAAAACCUUGAUUUGAAACUCACUCCCUACAAAGUAUUAGCAACAAGCACGAAACAUGGAUUUGUUCACUGUAUUGAGUCAAAGUCAGUUGCUGAAGUUCUUGCUACCGAAGGUUCCAUUCAAAACUAUUUUCGAAAAUUAAGUCCAAGUGAAUCAAGGCCGUAUGGCAUUGAGCAAGAUGUCAUGGACAAUUAUGUAAAGAGUUGUGCGGGCUAUUGUGUGAUUACUUAUCUACUCGGAGUGGGAGACAGGCACCUUGACAAUUUACUUCUCACAAAAUCUGGGUCAUUGUUCCAUGUCGAUUUUGGAUAUAUACUCGGGAGAGAUCCGAAGCCGCUUCCACCUCCAAUGAAGUUAAGCAAAGAGAUGGUGGAGGGAAUGGGAGGUUUGAAUAGUGAACAUUAUCAAGAGUUUCGUAAAUAUUGCUACACAACCUUCCUGCAUCUAAGGCGACAUGCAAACUUGAUAUUAAAUUUAUUUUCAUUGAUGACGGAUGCAUCUGUUCCAGAUAUUGCAUUGGAACCGGAUAAAACUGUGAAAAAGGUUCAAGACAAGUUCUGCUUAGAUUUGACAGACGAAGAAGCAGUUCGUCAUAUGCAAGGUCUUAUUGAUGAGAGUGUCAAUGCAUUGUUCGCAGCAGUUGUUGAACAAAUUCAUAAAGUUGCUCAGUAUUGGAGAAGAUAAUCCUAAUUGUUUUGUGAACUAUUGCCCAAUCUCUCAUAUUUAUAUGCUUAUAUUAUCCAUUGCCUACAGGUUAUGAAAUGCUAUUUUGAUGACAAAAAUAGAAGACAAUAUAGGCAAUGUGCAAUGGUGUAAUUGUCAUAUCUGUUGAAAGCUGACAUUGUGUAAGAAAUUGCACAUUUCUGCUUCAAAUAUGCUACAUAUAUAUAUAUAUAGCUAUUCCAUGUGAUGUUUGAAACUUCUAUUUAAUGUUUGAUCAGUGAAGAUUUAUAAUAAAUACAAGAAAUCCAUGUGAUGUA